UAAUAUUGUAUAUUUAUUAUAUAAGAUACUCAUAUAUAUUUGUAUCUAUCUAGUUUAGGAAAGAUCUCUAGUAUAAAUAUAUAUGUAACUCUAACCAUUAUUCUUAUGAGAGUCAAUAUACAAUUCUUCCAAUCAUCUACUCUCAUCAUAUUAUCAAUAUGGUAUCAGAGCUACAAUGAUCUAACGAUCUGCUAUGUUCCUGUUUUUCUUUUAUUUUCUUCAAGCUACAGAGCUUAUUUAUUUUUUGAUUUCAAGCCAUUGAGCUUCUAUUAUAUUUUCUGUUAAGCUAUAUGCUUCCACCAUUCAUGUUCAUGUGAACCUCUGAAUCUAAGCCAUUGAGCUUUUUGUUAUUCAAGUCUACCAUAGACCUCUGAAUCCAAGCCUAGUGUUUUUUUAUAUUCAUGCCUCAUUUUUAUCUUUAUAAUUCUUAAGCCAUUGUGGCUUCACUUCCAAAAUCAAAGCUUAAUGCUUCUUGUUUUGUUUUUCUUAAAGCCAUGGAGCUUCUUAUUAUUCAUGUCUCCAAAGACCUCUGAAUCGAUUUCUUAUUUUUGAAAAAAAAAAAUAUUUGUUCUAUAUUUCUUACGUAUUAAAGAGAAAAAAAAAGACAAAAAAAAACAUUAAAAAAAUGGGUUUGUUAUCAAGCCAAAGUGCUUCCUAUCAUCAUUCAAGCUCAUCAAACGUGCCUCUGAAUCUAUAAGCCUUCGACCUUCUAUUUUCUGUUUCCAAGCCAAGGUGCUUCAUCUCCAACAAGCAACACUCCCUCAUGUAAGUGUUGACGCUACACAUAGUCAACGAGAACACAACCACCAAAGGAGGCACAUCAUUAUCAUCUCUGUCCAUUCACCUCCUCACAACCAACACCACCGUCUUCUCCUGCUGAUCCAAAUACUAUAACGGCAUUAUUACUGAGUCAAUCUCAAGCUAAUUCCGCUACAAAUCCAUUACCACCUUGAGAUUGAGGGGGCGUAUAGAAGGAUCAAGGAGAUCAUAAACAUUAUUGUUAAUAUUGUAUAUUUAUUAUAUAAGAUACUCAUAUAUAUUUGUAUCUAUCUAGUUUAGGAAACAUCUCUAGUAUAAAUAUAUAUGUAACUCUAACCAUUAUUCUUAUGAGAGUCAAUACAAUAUUCUUCCAUCUCUUACUCUCAUCAUUCUCUACACCUAAUACUCUGAUUCCAUUGAUGGAAGCUUGGACAAUAAUAUCAGAACUCAUGUUUCUUCAUCUCUCAAUCUCUUUGACUUUGUCUUGUUGUUGGAUAUGGACACUGAGAUAGACCAGCCAGAUUUACUCUUGAAGAUGAGAGAUAAAUGAACGUUCCAAAACGAGAGUAGCUCACCGGAAUACAUAUUACUUUUAGCUUGCAAACAAAAGUUGAUGUGCUAAGUGUAAUGAUUUUUUUGAACCAGAGCAUAAUGUGUUAAAAGUAUUCAGGAGUAAACAUUGUUGUAAGUUAUCAUAUCUUAAGUCUAACAUGUAAGUUUAAGCCACUUUCUGAGACAUCAUAAUCCUAUGUAUUCAUCAAAUUUGUCCCCAAAAGAAGUUCGUAAGACACUUGAAAGUACAUAGAUACUGGAAGAGGCAUAAGAGACUUUUUGUAAUAACAAGAGAGAAAGAAAAAAUGAGUAGCAAAAACAUGAGCAUCGCCUGCUACAGCUUCUGCUUAUGUCACACUUGGAACCCAAUUGUCUUUGGUAAAUUAUCUUUGUGUAUACAUACAUGAGAAACGCUUGAAUCAUGGUCUUUUCUUUAUCCUGCAGGACUCGAACUAUUGUGGUAAGGAUGAUGGAUUCUUUGAUACUUUAAGACAAACCUUUGCCUAAUAUUAUUAUAGGUCUAACGCGUGAGUGAUACCAAGAGUCUUUGUGUCCUAGUGGUUAUAUACCUUGUGAUGUUGUUUUGGGUGGUGUGUUCGAACGAUAAAUCUAUGUUUUUUUUACCUUUGCUCGAAAUUUAGUUGAUUCAAAUAUUGUGGGGAGAGAAGAUAUUGUGCGAAAUUUAGUGUAGAUUAAUGAAAGAUAUUAAUCGAAAUAUGGAAGUUUCUAUAUUUUUGUGAUUUGGCUAUAAUAUGUAUCCUACGUUGUGCAGAACACUGUAGAGAGGGUGGGAAGUUUAUUCUUCCGUAGACGUAACAUAAGGUAAAAAGUAGAACAUGUUAUGAUACAAACAAGAAAAGGAAAUUCACAGAGUCGUGCCUAUAAGUUGUAAUAAAACUAUAGGUAGACUAAAGACAUCUUGUUAGAAUAUAACCUAACGAAUUAUAGCUUAGAUAGAAUAUACAAGAAAAAUUUGUUUGCGUUAUAUACCAGGAUAGAUCCAUGUAUAAUACUUAGUAUCCAAUUUCUAUAUUAAGUAGAUGGUUGGAAUGAGUAUUCUAUCCUUAUAUAGGAUAUAAAAUAAAAUAAGAUUCCACUAAUUUUUAAACAAUUUUAAACAUAUAAAUAGUCAUAUUUAUUUUUCUAAUGGUUUUCAUAUUUUUUUAUACUUUUAAAAUUUUAUUUACUAUUUUCCCAUUAGAAAAGGAUAAAACUUAAUGACCAAAAAUAUCAAAAAUUCUAUUGGGACAAAUACAAGUUGAGAGUUUUUUCUUUUUUCAAUUUCCCCUUGUUUAAAUCACCUAUUUUUAGAGAUGAUUCAGGCAUCUAGAUAAUGUUAGAUUUAAGCUCAAGUUUAAAAUUAAUAUACGUAAACUCUAUAACCUCCUAAUUAUUAAACCAAAUUUUUGUGUUAAACUUUGACCAAAUUGUAUAAAACCCUCAGAAUUUCCGGAGAAUAUAGAAGCUACAUAACUCAUUUGCCUUAACUAAGCUAGCGUAAUCUGAUGACACAUAUAGACCAAUAACGCUUCACCUUGUGGAAGAUGGUGAUACUACUCGUCUAGUCCGUAGAAGAAGAGGUCACAUGGAGCCAGUUAUGAGAAGUGGGAGCAAUUCGCCGUCGAUGACGUGGAAAAUCCUAGAAAUGGCCCAUCACCCCUCGUUAACCUCAAACUCAAACCGUCCUUUCUUGUCACUUUGUAUAUUAUUUGUUUCAUGUGGUCUUUUUCUACAUGUUGAACUAGAAAAACAAAUUAGGUAAAUAAUAAAUAGAAAAAGAUGGCGACGUGAUUUGUUGUUAUUAAAUACUAACGUGUAAUUGCUUUUGUUAUAUAUCAAUUUAUUUGAAUAAAAACUAACACCAUAUUUUUAUUGAUUUUAUAAGAGUAGUGUUUCUAUUAAAGUCAAACGGUUAUCUUUAUAGACAACUAGUGACGUACGUCGGUCUCCUACAAAACAAAAAAUUAUGCCAACGUGCAGAAAACACAACCAGAAGAUGUUUUUGAAGGCUUUGUAGAACUUAAGUCAACAAAAUGACAAAAGACCAUGAAUAAAGUGUCGAAAACCAGGUAUUACGAACGGUUGGUUCCAAAUCUAAAGGAAGAUUAAGGUAUGGACGUAUGGUCCGAAAUUCCUAUUGGUUAAUUAAAAAAAAGUGUUGAGAACCCGGAAAGAGUCAGAAAUCAAAUGAGAAAAGAGAAUAUCUGGCCCCUAAUCCAAAAGGAGAAUGGGGGUAUAAAGAGUUACAACAAUAUUUUAGCAUUGUUGAAUUAAAUAGAUGACCAAAUACUUCGUGUGAGAAAAGAAAGAGAUGACCGAAAAAUGGUUUGAAAUAUAUGUAUGGGACUAAGCAUCCAUGCGGAGGAAAGACACAGUGUUGCAAAAGUGUUUACAUAGAGACUAAAGUUCUGAAUAUAUGUUGCAUGUUGUACAUAAACAUAUGGAUCUUCUCCUUGGUGGAUGAAUUAAUAUUUAUAUAAAGCUAACCUAACCCAGACUUAGAUACUUGAUAUGCAUGUAGUAUCCGCAUCAGUUAUUGGUUCUAUGGCUUGAUCUAUUAUGACAUAUUCAAAUGUUAUACAUUUACUUUAUAUCUGAUACUUAGGUGCUAAAUUUUUUUCCCAUUUCUCAAAAGGACGCAGGGUCUGUGCUGCUCAUAACGGAUUUGGUGAUGGAAGGCUACAAGAGUUUCCCAAUACCUUUGUCCUUCUUACGUGUACUGAAAUGUUGCUUUCACACAGCUUCAUUAAUUUGUUUUGGCCAAGUAGUCUUAUCCAUCACAAUUUUCGGUUCAUUAGUUCGUGUCCAAAUAUAUAAAAAAAAACUGACUAUUAUAUGCAGCUGAAAAUCAUAUCAAAUAAAAUAUGCUUAAAUAUUUGCUAAACUAGUUACAUGUGAAUCGUGAUGAAAAAAUAUAUUCUAAACCAAAAACGAUAACUAUCAUCAAAUUUCUUACUUUAUUGUUUUUCGCUUAAAUUUCCACAUAUUUUAAACAUAAAAAUAAGAUGAAUUAUUUAGUUUAUUUUAAACUAUACAAGAAAUUAUUCAUUCCAUAUUUUUCAUAUAAUUUGUAAUUUUCUGUCAAAUUUCUAAUUAUAUUCAUUUAUAAUAUAGUGUUUCAAAAAAAAAAUCAUUUAUAAUAUCUAGCUUUUCCAACCUUCUCCCUCUGCUUUUAGAAUUUCUUACAGAAUACUAGAAAUAAAUAAAUAAAAAGGGAUAUUUAUUUUAGGAUGGAGAAUUUCAUAAUACAAAAUAUAUAUUACUUCAAAUACAAAAUAAUUAGCCAAAAUGAAAAAAAAAUACUUAAAAUAUAUGGUUACAAUAAAUUAGAUACAUGUAAUAAAUUAAAUGACAAGACCAUAUAUUAUAUAGUCCAAGAUUUAUCACCAAAAAAAAAAAGAUUUAUUACCACAAACAGAAAUAGCGCAUAGAGGAAAGAAAAGAAACUGUACCUUCUCUGCAUAUAAUUGUUUGUAAGCCUGACCAUACAUCAGCGACACAGUCUCUCUAUAUGUCUCUUUCGAGUUUCACAAACCUCCCUUCUAUGGCGGCAGCACUCUCAUCAAUCGCCGUAACACUCAAACCACUCAACUGCUCUUUCUCUUCCUCUAACUCUCGCCUCAGUCACCACCCUAUCUCCGCCGCCGUGUUCCCACCGUCUCUCAGAUUCAACACCUUUCGACGAUGUAAGAACAUCACCAUCUGUUUUGUCAUUGAAGAUCAGAAACAAAGCUGUCCCGACAUCUUGACGACGUCGAGGCUUGAGAAAGAGGAGAGGAAGAAGUCGGAGAGAUUCACUUAUCUAAUCGCUGCUAUGAUGUCGAGCUUCGGCAUUACUUCCAUGGCAAUCAUGUCCGUUUACUACCGAUUUUAUUGGCAAAUGAAGGGAGUUGAGGUACCAGUAUCAGAAAUGUUUGGUACAUUUGCUUUCUCAAUUGGUGCCGUCGUUGGGAUGGAAUUCUGGGCAAGAUGGGCUCAUGAAGCUCUCUGGCACGCUUCGUUGUGGAACAUGCAUGAGUCUCAUCACAAACCUAGAGAAGGAGCGUUUGAGUUAAACGAUGUGUUUGCUAUAAUAAACGCGGUUCCUGCGAUUGGUCUUCUUUACUAUGGAUUCUUCAAUAAAGGACUUGUUCCGGGUCUCUGCUUCGGUGCGGGACUAGGAAUAACAGUGUUUGGAAUGGCCUAUAUGUUCGUCCACGAUGGACUUGUGCACAAGAGAUUCCCUGUAGGUCCCAUUGCCAAUGUCCCUUACUUUCGGAAGGUCGCCGCCGCUCACCAGCUACACCACACAGACAAAUUCAAAGGUGUACCAUAUGGGUUGUUUCUUGGACCCAAGGAAGUGGAAGAAGUGGGAGGCAAGGAAGAGUUGGAGAAAGAGAUAAGUAGGAGAAUCAAAUCGUACAACAAGGGUUCCACCUCUUAAUUAUUUGUUGAGUUGAAGUUAAUUAAAAAAUAAGUAGGGAAGAUUCGGGCUAAUUGGCCUUUUGAGUUACAAAUUUGAAAUGACUGAAAUAUAACAAAGGCCCUUUUUCAUUUGCAAUGGGUGAAUCCGGGCUUUAAAAGCGCAUGAUUAUAUUUUAUUUAAUUAAAAAAAUGUUUUUACAUGAUUUAUAUAUUUAUAUAAUUUUACAUGAUUUAUAUAUUUAAAUAAUUUUACAUGAUCUAUAUAUUUAUUAUUUAACUUAAUUUAAAAUAAGUUGUAUUCUUAUAUGCUUUAUAUUCCGUUUCAGUAAUAGUGUGUCUAGGUAAUCUUUGAGUUUGUUUGUAUUUAAUUAUAUCGAUUGAUUGUUUGAUGACCAAGUUGAUCAAAUGAGAUAUUUUAAUAUCCAAUGAUUUCUGGAAUGAAUUUCUUUGAAAAUAAUGAAUAUAUUACGAAAGCUAAAAAACGGAAUUGGUUAACGAAUAUACUAGUAAUAUAUAUUCUUUUAUGAAUAAAAUCGAUUUUCAUAUUAAUGAUUACUUUAUAUAUAUAUUUUGAAUUCUAAAAUCGAUAUUCAUAUUAAUGGUUACUAAAAGUUUAAUUCAGUUUUUUUUAAAUAUAUUAUAAACAUCAUACAGUGAUUAAUUGAUAAAUAUUUUACGAACUCUAAACGAUCUUUAGAUGUAUGAAGCAUAGGCAAUAAAUGGUUUGAUAUGAGAUAUAUAUUAGGUGCAAUGUGAUUGGUAUAUGCCACUCCUUUUUUUUUUGUUAAUUUUGAUAAUUCUAAUACACUGUUUCGAUGGGUCUUAUAAUUGGUCGAGAGAAAUAAUUCUUGGCUACAAUCUGAUUAAUCAGAAACUGCAAUGAUUCCUAUUGGUUGAAUAUAUAUGUUGAAAAAUAGUAUAAAUUAUUCUAAAAAAAUAGUGACAUUCCUUUGUAAAUAAUUUUGAAAAACCAAAGGAAAGAAUCAUAAUAGAGAUUUUUUUUUUUGACAACGAAAAGCCAUUUUAUUAUUCAAGAGAUUCUGCUUUAUUAGUAUAUAUAUGAAGGUAAAAUGUUAGAUUUUGAGUGAUAUAUUUUACACAUGAAAUUAUCUCCUAGUUUAGUUAAAAAUCUUUCAAAUCAAAUGAAUUAUAAGGAUAUAUCAAAUUUGACUAACACAAGAUUUUAAAUGUUAUAUUCAAAUCUUUAAUUGAAUAACACUAGAUUUAAAAUUCAUCUAUUGAGAAUAUUGUAAAUAUAAAAACUAAUAACAUUUUAUUUUAAAAUCUUUUAAUAUAGAUAUUUUAAACAUAAUAACUAAUAAUACUAUUUUAAUAAAAAAAUUAAAAUCUUUUUUUUGUCAAUUUUUUAUUAUAACCAUGGGAUAUAAAAGAAGCAUUACAGACUCGAACCCAUUAAAGCUUUUACUAUCACAUUGCACAUAUAUUACACGUGUUAAAACAAGUGUAGACCAACCCUAAUCUCAAACAACACGUGUUAGAGCCUAGGGUCUUCAUGGUGCCGCCAUCGUAUAUUCCGGGAUCUGCUCACCAACGAUCUUCCCUACUGCAAUGCCGCAUCAAAAUACUGCUAUGGUCUUUCUGUGUUUUUCGCCAUGGGAUGUAUAAGGAUUUAGUAAAGUGUGUGUUGUAUUCAUUCACGUAGAAGAGUAUAUAUACAAAGUAGAUAUGCUAAGCUAAAGGGGAAUAUGAAAUAAGUAUAUAACAAAAAAUAUGUUCUAGGCAUUAUUCUAUAUAUUAUAUAUCAUUUCUCUAUACCCCGUCAAGUUGAAGAUGAGAUGUCUUGAAUCCCCGGAUUGAACAACAAGUAACUGAAAGUAGUAGACGGUAAUGCCUUGGUUAGAAUAUCUGCGGGCUGUUCUUUUGUAGAAAUAUGUUCACUGGUUAUGAGCUUGUCUUGUACAGCGUCCUUUACUUGAUGAUAGUCAAUAUCUAUAUGUUUUGUGCGUUCAUGGAAAAUUGGAUUCAUAGCAGAUUUACUAUCACAAAAUAGCUUCAUUGGUUGAGAAUGAACAAUACCAAAAGUGCGUAGAAACUGUUCAAUCCACUUCCGUUCGCGUAAGGAGUAAGCCAUAGACCGAUUUUCUGCUUCAGCAGAUGAAACAUAGACAGUGUUAUGCUUCUUUGUUUUCCAAAAGACCGGGGAGUUUCCGAGGAGUACUAUAUAAUCGCUAAGUGGUCAUCGUGUGAGAGGACAUGCUUGACAAAUGCAAUAAGCGUUAUUUGAAGUGAUGUGUCAGAUUGAAGCAUAAUACUGUGAGCAGGAUUGCCUUUGAGAUACCGGACAGUCCGUAAAGCUGCAUCGAAAUGAUCUUGGUGCGGUGCUUUCAUGAAUUGAGAAUGAAUAUGAACAGCAUAUGAGAGUUCAGGUCUAGUUAAUUGAAGAUAAAUGAGGCGUCCGACUAGUCUUCGAUAGGAUUCUAGUUUAGGAAGUAAUGGACCAUCCGCAAGAGCAAGCUUAUGGUUGAGUUCUAUCAGAACUGCAGACGGUUUAGAACCAAGUAGGCCAGUCUCAGUGACGAUGUCAAGUGCAUAAUUCUAUUUUUGGGAUUCAACCAUAGUUAUGUACCGUCUUUCAUGAGCUUCGUUGUAUUAAUUUAUGUAUAUGUUUGUUUUGUUAAUACUAGUCUAUGGUGAACUAGUUUAACCAUUUCUUAUGUUGUUAUCGUUCUUAACGGUUAACUUGUUUUUUCGGAUUUUAACUGUUUUGAUUUGUUACGCAAAAUACUUCUCAGUAUUACUACUUUUUACAAUUGAAACAAAACACAAAGUAUUUCUAAGUUGUACUAAGUAUUACAAAACCGAAUUGGCAAAACUGGUUGUGUUAAUGAAUUGGUAGAACCGAAUUGAUAUUUCUAAAUUAUUUGGUUGAACUUACAUUACUCAAUUUGAUAGAAGAAUAAAUGAACUAGUUGUGUAACUUAAAUGAUUUUGUUUUGCGUACCCAGUUGGAAAACACUAGAGUUUACUAGAAUAUAAUUAAUUAUAAAUGAAUAAAUGGUUUGGUUGUACUUACAUCCCUCGAUUUUAUUAGAAAAUAAAUUUAUUUUUGAGUUUUCUUACAUCAUUAAUCAAGGGAUUUGGUUUUACAAAUUUAAUAAGGCAACGUUGGAAAAUAAACUGGUUGCGUGUGAUGAUAAUAAGCAUUCAUUUUAGACACAUCUAUAAUUACCCUCCUCCUCAUUAGAGUAAGAAACAAGAACAAAUAUCCAUACAAGUAAGAGGUUUUAUUCCGUUUCCAAGCGUUUCAUCUCUCUCUUUCUCAUAUCAUAUCCGAUAUAAUUUGAUUGUGGUUAGUUUCAGGUUAAGAUGUCUGGCACAUCACAAGAUAUUUAAAAGAUGGGAAAAAAACAGCUGGAACACUAUCGGGCCAUCCUUCACAUCAUGAGAAAAAGAAUGAAAAAGGCACUCUGCCGAAAUAGAGAAGUACUCUAUUUCAGAUCAAAUAGAGUUGCUUGAUGAGAUUAUGGAGAAAGGGGUGUCUUACUUCAACAUCAAGAAAGAGAAUGACACACUCUCGGCAGAGCUCCUCCUUUCAGAGGAGAAGUUAACAACAAUCAAAGUCUCGUAUAUAAACUGGGACAAGCUAGGGAAGUCCUUCAUGUCCAAGCCUGAGUGGCCCCUCCUCCUUUAUCAAAUUUUUUGUAAAUAUUUAUGUUUUUAUUUGUAUUUUCGGAACCAGAAAACAUUGACUUCACCGGUUUUUAAACCGGAUUAUUAUAAGUUGCUUUUGCGGAUAUUAUUUGGGUGUCCUAUUAUUUAUGCUUGUUAUCUGGAUUGCUUCGUUUUGCUAAAGUAAAGGUUCAACUUUGUCAUACUUUAGCAAGUUUUUACCCCACAGCUUUUGUCACAUUGACAACUUCUAGGAUUACGUUGGAUAAGAAGUAGAGAAAAGCCAUUUUCAGUCCACACGAGUUGGUUUUGUUUGAUGGAAAUGAAGAUGAAUUUCUUUACUUCUAUUUCCUUUAUAUUUGUCAUACUUCAACAAAGUUCUGAUCAAUAACUUUUGUCACAUUCUUAGGAGCUGGAUAAGAAGUAGAGAGAAGCCUGUCAAAGUUCCACUAUAUUUUACGGAAUUAUACCAUUUUCAUUUUGCUCAUGUAUAAAUCUGCCUUAAGUUUUACUGGUUUGUACAAUUUUACUUUACCUAUUGUAUAAAGUUACACUGAAUUUUGCUGAGUUACAUAAGACAAAUUUAUUAGAAGAAACGAAAUGCAUUUAUGAGUUUCGGUUUUACGAAGCUAAUGAGAAUGUGCAAAAUUGGACAAAAGUUGGAAAACACUCGGAAUAGUUUACUAGAAUAUGAAUAAAUAAAAUUUCAUAAAUAAACUUAAAUGAUUUGGUUGAACUUACAUCACUCGAUUUAAUUAGAAGAUUGGAAAAUAUAAAUGCAUUUAUGAGUUUAGGUUUUAUGAAGCUAAUGAUGCAAAGUUGGAAAACACUCAAGUUUACUAGAAUAUAAAUAAUUAUAAAUUCAUAAGUAAACUGGUUAUGUUAAAUGAUUUGGUUCAACUUACAUCACUCGAUUUUAUUAGAAGAAUAUAAAUGCAUUUAUGAGUUUUGGUUUUACAAAGCUAAUGAUGCAAAGUUGGACAAAAGUAAAACUCUGUAAAGUUCUACCUAGUUGUAAAACACAACCGAAGAGUCACAUUUAUUGGAAAAUGAACUCAUGUGUCCCUUUACAGUCACAUUCAUUGGAAAAUUCUUGGGACGGUUGCGUAAGUGCAUUCAUUUCCCUUUAGAAUCCUAACAGUCUCGUUCAUCAAAUCCAAUACAUUUAUCUUUAAAUACCCUCCCCCUCACUUUAUACACCAGAGUUUGUUCUGAUUUCCUUUACACUGCCAUGUUAAAAUGUCGGGAUAUAUUGACUUUAAGAGGAAGCCUCUGAUGGAGGAUGAAUACGGGCAAACCGCUGAAGAUUGAAAAAGGGAAGGCUGAAUUAAGAGAGCGGUACCGGGCGAUCCUCCAAAUAGUGGAGGAUCAGCAAACUGAGAUUGAAAAAGGCACUCCGCCCAAGUUGAGCUCUACUCUUUUUCAGAUCAAAUCGAGUUGCUCGAUGAGAUGAUCGACACGGAGGGGGGUGGGGAGAGGGGGCUGUUCGAUAUCCAGGCAGAGAAAGACAGACUCUGAGCCAAGCUCCUCUGUGCGGAGGAGAAAUUAAAGGCUAUCAAAGUCCCUUACAUUGACUGGGACAAACUUGGCGAGAGCUGGUUUUUGUCUCAGUCUUGAGUGGCCUCUCCUCCGUCCUCUCCCUAAUCUAAAAUUUUAAAAGCUUAUGUUUUCUUUUUGUUUCUCAAACAUUAAAACAUUGCCGUUUCCUGUUACUAAACCGGAUAUGUAUGUUUUUGCAGUUAUUUUGAUUAUAUUAUCUAUGCUUAUAAUGUGGAUUGCUAAGUUUGUCAAAGUUUGUCGCACUUCGGAAAAAAAAUUACUCCACAGCUUUUGUCACAUUGACAACUCGUUAGAAGACGUUGGAUAAGAAGUAGAUUCAAACUCUCCCCAUUGAAGAUAAGUUCCUUUGCUUUUAUUUUUCUUUAAAUUUCUCCUUCUUUUGCAAAGUUUUAAUUCACAGCUUUUGUCACAUAUCUAGGUCAUUGACAACUCGUAAGAUGAUGCUGUAUACAAAACAUGGAGAAGCCAUUAUUUGUUAGAACGAGUUCUCAUUUGAUGAAUUUUUACAUUACGUCUGAUGAUGAUGCAUCUGAGUUCUAUUGCACUAAGUUUGAGUUAUACCAUUUUCCUUUUCUUCUUGUUUGUUUUGUUGUGCUUUUGUAUGUGUUUUGUUAAAACAGUGAUCAAGUACCGGUUGUUAUACUGAUUUUAAUUCUUUGUAUUUCUUACAUCAAUAAUCAAUAUACGAUC